CAACGAGAUACCUUGUUCGCGUGUUUCCAGAUUUUACAUACUGUUUGUAAAGUAGAUUUCCAGUAAUCUGUUUUAGACGACUAGACUUACCUCCAACGAAUAUGUUCUUAAAGGGGCUGGUUAUAUUGCUUUUCCUGGUUUUGCCCUUCGAGCAAAGAACUCUGCUGGAGGAUAAUGAAAGUUUUUGCCGCCCUCACCUGUGCAAGUACGUCAGUUGCUGGAGAGAGGAAGCCUUAUGCAAAUACCCGGGAGCAAAGCGCAUUCCAAAGGGCGGUAUCUGUGGAUGCUGCGACAGAUGCGUUAUCGUGAAAAAACGAAACCAACAAUGUUUCGCACUCUCAGAAAGACAUGGUGCAAUUCCUAUAGAAUGUGAGGAAGGUACAGCUUGCAGUAUAGUUUCUCUAAGAUGUGAAUGAGAAGAAAGUAAAGCAAAAAAUAAUUGUUUGUGCCAUUUAAGCAGUCAUACGUCUACAGUUUCCUACCAAAUUCUACAACAGCAAAUCAACAGUUCGCUGUUAGCGAAUUUCGACAAAAGAAAACUGUAGUCAUAAUAUUUAUAUAA